CUCUACCCAGGGGCGAGUGGUGAGGGGUAUAGCUCGUUUCUGCGGCAAGUCGCGCAGGGCAGUUUAAACUCAAUGCACAUCAGCUGCACAGUCUGAACAACGUUUGGCCUGAUUGUUGCCUCCCCCACCAACUAGGCAGUACUCGCUUAAGGUACUUUCCGCCACAACAACGGCAAACCGUGUGUAGGAAUUACUGCAGGCCUGGGACAGGUAUUUAUAGGAGCCGUGGGUAGUUCAGCCUGAGCUUUCUGAUUGGGUCAAAGUAAAGCAGCAAAAUAGCCAAUGGGAAGAGAGGCUCCGAAGUGCUGCUUGUGUUCGUGUUUGUGACGACACACUAACAUUGACCCAAUCACAAGCGAAGCCUCACUAGCCUCAUUUGAAUACCGCAGCUAUAAGUGAGUGUGGCUUCCUGGAGUUGGUUAUUCUCGCAGGUGUUUUGACUGCUGUGGUCUUUAGUAUUAUCAUGCCUGAUCCUGCGAAGUCUGCGCCGGCCCCGAAGAAGGGCUCCAAGAAGGCGGUGACCAAGGCGCAGAAGAAGGACGGCAAGAAGCGCAAGCGCAGCCGCAAGGAGAGCUACUCGGUGUACGUGUACAAGGUGCUCAAGCAGGUGCACCCCGACACCGGCAUCUCGUCCAAGGCCAUGGGCAUCAUGAACUCGUUCGUCAACGACAUCUUCGAGCGCAUCGCCGGCGAGGCGUCGCGCCUGGCGCACUACAACAAGCGCUCGACCAUCACGUCGCGCGAGAUCCAGACGGCCGUGCGCCUGCUGCUGCCCGGCGAGCUGGCCAAGCACGCCGUGUCCGAGGGCACCAAGGCCGUCACCAAGUACACCAGCUCCAAGUGAGCUUCCAAGGGAGAGAUACGAAUGCAGAGAAGAAAUGAGUGCAUAAAGUGACUGAAAAUAUCAAUCUGUAUAUAGAAGUUAUGAAGUAUGAAAAUUGUGAUCUGCCUAAGAAUGAUUGAUUAGUCUGUAUAUUCCACCCAAACUGUCCUGCUUUGCUGCACUUUGAUCCAUCAAAAGAGCAUUACCUGAGUGGAACAGAUUAAACAGUUUUAGCUUAUUUGUUUCAUUGUCUAAGUUAUAAAAAUAGAAUUUAAUUCUGUUUCAGGCCUAGUUAUUUACCAUAGACUACUUUUGCUAGGAAAAGUCUGAAUUAGAGGCUGGAUGUCUGUAAAUGAAAUAUUAUGAUUAAUAAAAUCUGGAAAAUUGGAAUUCUGUAUUUUUUAAAUCAGUAGUUUUUAUUGCAUUAUUAAAAUUUCACAAAUUGGA